AUGCUCUACACACGCGCAACAAUCAUCACGGUCAACGCCAACCGAGAUAUCAUCCAAGAUGGUGCGAUCCUCGUCAAAGGAGAUAGAAUCGCGGCCAUUGGAAAGACGAAUGAGCUUUUGAAGCAAUAUCCAGACGAGGUCAUCACAGAACUCGAGGGAAGAAUCAUCAUACCAGGCCUCGUCAAUGCCCAUAUGCACACCGCCCAAACCUUGCUCCGUGGAACCGCCGACGACCUGGAACUUGUCUCGUGGCUUUGUGAGCGCAUUUGGCCAUUGCAGGGCAACUUUACACCCGAAGAUGGUUAUGCCGCUGCUAGGCUUAGUAUCGCUGAGAUGCUGAAGUCCGGUACGACAUGUUUCCUCGAGAGCAUGUUCGCAGACCGCUACGGCUUCGACGGGCUCUGUAAGGCCGUGGAGGAGAGCGGUAUUCGUGGCUGUCUGGGGAAGAUCGUCAUGGAUGUUGGCACGUAUGCCAGCGAUCCAAGAUGGGCGAUGCAUCGAGGCUUGGUUGAAAAUCGCGAGACAAGUCUGCUAGGGGCAGUUGCCAUGCAUGAGAAGUGGAAUGGCAAGGCGGAUGAUAGAAUUCGAGUGUGGUUCGGAGCCCGGACACCUGGAGGGUAAGUAUUGCCAGUCAUAUCCUCUUGUUGUCGACUGAUCACACCACUUGGCAGAGUAUCUGAAGCUCUCUACAAAGAGAUGACUUCAAUCUCGCGCGAGAAGAGCAUCCCCAUUACGAUGCAUUGCGCCGAGGCCCCUGCCGAUCGGAAGUUCUUUGAAGGUCAAGAACAUACAGCCAUGUCGUAUUGCGAUUCAGUGAAUCUGCUUGGUCCUCAGACUGUUCUUGUGCAUAUGGUUCACCUGGACGACUCGGACAUUGCUAAGCUUGCCGAGACUGGAACACAUGUCGUUCACUGCCCGUCGAGCAACACGAAGCUCGCCUCUGGGAUCUGCAGAGUGCCAGACCUGCUAGAAGCCGGCGUCAAUGUCACUCUGGGCACGGAUGGCGCCCCAUGCAAUAACACCUGCGACAUGAUACAGGAGAUGCGUCUGGCUGGUAUCCUCCACAAAGUGACCCGGAUGGACCCGACUUCUGUACCUGCAGAGACAGUCCUCGAGACAGCUACAGUCAAUGGAGCCAAGGCACUCGGACUGGCUGAUAGCAUUGGCAGUAUCGAAAUGGGCAAGAAGGCCGACUUUGUAGUGCUGGACAUGCGUGCCGUACACCUGCAGCCGUGGUUCAAUCCGGUGAGUGCUGUGGUCUACUCAGCCACCGGUCGCGAUGUGGAAAGGGUGAUUGUGGAUGGAAAAGAAGUGGUGAGAUACGGAACGCUCCUGACGAUGGAUGAGAACAGUGUUUGGCAGGAAGCAGAAUGGCGGUCCAAGGAAGUCGUCGCAAGAGCGGGCCUGACGAAGGCUGUUGGCGCAAGAUGGCCCGUUUUGUGA